CAUCUGGCAACACUGUCGAGUGUUAUGCAAAACUAACACACAAUUUCCCAUAUUUUUUCUUUUCUCGUCGAGUUUUUAAGCCCGUGAGAGAGAGUGUCACCAUGGCGACGGCCGUGCCGCAUAUACCCCCCAAACAGGAUCUGCCACCGCCGGGCGGCUACAAGAAGAUUCCCUUUGCCCGUGUGCCACCCAAGAGCUACUUCACAGGCUUCACCAUGAUCGGCACAUAUGUGGCCGUCACUGCCGUGGGACUGGGCAUCUACUACCUGACCGCCAAGAAGGUGAAGCGUGAGGAGAUCGAGAUGCGCUCUGCCCAGAAUGUCAUCUUCCCCAUCUUGAUAGCGGAACGCGAUCGGGAAUUCCUGCGCCAGCUGCGUCGCAAUCGGGACGAGGAGGCUGAGCUGAUGAAGAAUGUGCCCGGCUGGGAGGUGGGCACCUGGUACGGUGAGCCUGUGUUUAAGACAUUGCCAGAGGAUACCCUGGUCACGCCCAUCUUCAAGGAGUUCUAUGCCCAUUCGGACUGGAAGUCGUAUGCCAAGCGGGCUCACCUCAAGCUCUGGUCUUAAGCCCGCCAAGGAUGUGUAGCUAAUGCUUAACUCUAUUCUAUCAACUAUUGUGAAAGCCUUUUUUUUGUUUGUAGACUCGCCUAAGCGCCUCUCAUUAGACUCAAUUACAGUCGUCAGGAUUGGUCUUGAAAUGGGAA